CUUAACGCAGGGAGGACAGGGAACGGCAAUGGGAGAGGAAGCGCGGGUGAUGUCGACGAUCGCGCCACAGAGGUAGAGAAAACCGCAGCAAUGAGCUCAUCUUUCCCUAAAUCUGAUUCCACCACAUCACUGCUCAAAACAUCCACAACGAGGAGAGCGACACACAUCCCGUCGGAGAACCGAAGAAGUCUGCCUCAGCAUCCGCACCACGACAGCCACCGUCCCGCCGCGCUCCACAGCAGCAGUUCAACCGAGCAGGAGUCCCACUGGCCCGCAGAGGGGGACAUUACUGCCCGGAGACCCCUUUGUCACCCCUCGCUUUCUGAUAGUCGGGACAAUCACGUUCAAACUAGGUCCCGCCACAACCACGCUUUGGACAUGCAGGAACCCAUGGGUGGCGAGUCUGACGUAAAGGAGCGCUCCAGGUCUCACCGUCACCAUCACCACCAUCAUCAUCACCAUCAUCACCGGAGGAAGCACCACAGAGCACCCCUGGAUGACCCAAAUCAUCCCGCAUCACCUGAACAACAACAGCCCGAACCCUCGCGCCGCUGUCACACGCACGCCCCACGCCAUGUGCCCCGAGAGCUGUCACUGUCCGACUGCCACGACGACAGGGCUCCCCUUUUUGAGCCCGCAGACCGUAAAAGAAACACUGUGAUGAUGAAUGGGGCCCGGGGAGGAGGGCACGGGGUCAGCAGUUCCUCCCCGUCCUCGUGUUCCCCGGUGCCACUGUCCAGCAGGUCAUCCCGUCGCUCCCGGAGAUCUAGCGGUGCCUCGUUAGUGUCCGACUGCCAAUUACGUACCAUCCUGAGCUCACUCUUUGGACAGGACAGAGAGUUGAGGCCAGAAGAAGUGGAGGAGUUGAGAGAUGCUUUUAAAGAGUUUGACAAAGAUAAAGAUGGAUUUAUCAGCUGUAAAGACUUGGGCAACUGCAUGAGGACCAUGGGAUACAUGCCGACAGAAAUGGAACUCAUCGAAUUGAGCCAGCAAAUAAACAUGAACUUGGGAGGUCAUGUUGAUUUUGAAGAUUUUGUUGAGCUGAUGGGUCCUAAACUCCUUGCUGAAACAGCAGAUAUGAUUGGAAUAAAAGAAUUAAAAGAUGCCUUCAGAGAGUUUGACACAAAUGGAGAUGGUGCUAUAAGCCCUGCUGAGCUACGUGAUGCAAUGAGAAAACUUUUAGGGCAGCAGGUCGGCCUAAAAGAGGCUGAAGAUAUUCUAAGAGAUGUGGAUUUAAAUGGUGAUGGACUUGUGGAUUUUGAAGAGUUUGUCCGAAUGAUGUCGCGCUAGCAUUACAAAGACACUUGUGGUUUUGAAUGUGAAGCUAACUACACUUGACAAGGACCAACAGAACCAUGUCAAGUCUGAGCCAAUCAAGUAACACUGGAAAUGAAUUCUCACAGUUUUAUAGAACAAGAAAUCACCUCACCCAAAAAAGUGUUCUUCCUGAAAAAAAAUUUAGUUCAGCAAAGGUUGAACUUGCUGUAGCCGAUGAUUGUCCAUCUUAUGUUUUUUGCACUUUAUUCCCCACUUAAUUACUUCCUGCUGGGUAGGUUGUUGGUCAGUGUCCUGUCACUCUAACACAAGUAGAACUGUCAGAAAGUGAAUGUAUAUUUGUGUAGAUAAAACAAGUGCACUGUUAUACAUUUGACCAAGGAGUCACACAGUAGUGCAUUAUCUGCAUGUCUUUGUGUGCUGUAUUGGUACUCCACUGAGAACCAUGAGGUAAACGUGUGUCCAUUUGUAUGACUUCACUGUGCAAGUCUUGUCUAUGAUGUAGUCACUGUCUGAUUCAUCUGUGGGGAUUCCCAGUCAUCCAGGUCACAAGGUUGUCUCUAAUUAAUGAGCAGAGCUAAUGAAAUCCUAAUGAAAAAGCUACAUUUAAAUGAGGAACUAUAAAGCUAUAUUCCCCAGGCACGCAUUUCUGAAGAAUAGUUUUAUGUGCAUAGAGAUUUUCAAACUUUUCAUAAUACCAAUUGUGAAUAACUGACAUUCCAAGUAUAUCAGAGUGAAACCAAAUUUUGAAGGGUGAUAGGGCCUACCCCCAGCACUGUACAACUAGUGAGUCUUAGGAACACUGUCAGUUGCCCAUUAUCCUGAAGCCAUCAGGGCUGAUUAGUUUGAGGUUUGAUGCUGUUUGAUUUUGAAAAUACAUGGCACAAAGUGAAUGUAAAGUCUAUGUUGUCCAUAUGAAACAGCAGGAAAAAUGUAAAUUUCUUACAACAGUUAAUGUUUUAUGGUAUAUGUAGACCUAUGUUUGUUAUUGUCAGUGAUUGUAGUGGUUAUACACCACUCUUGUUUUGUCAAAGCAAUUAUUAUGCAUGCCAAAGAGAUACUUUUACCAAGCUGUAUGCACAUUUUCAUUUCAUAAGUAUUUGCCAAGAUGACUGUAGAAGAUUAAAAGAUGUUUACAUGCCACCACUU